UUUGCCAAGCAACGAAGUUGAAAGCGCAUGCGCAUCAUCAAUUAUUUGUGAUUCGGACGGAAGGAAAAAUGGCAGACAAGCGAGUUGAUUCUGGUUCUGAUAGCGAUGGCGAUGAAGCGGUCGUUGGUAAUCUCAAUAAGUUUGCUGUACUCCCUCUGGGAUACAGUGGGAGACCCAAACCUGGUCAUCUUCUCUUUGAUGCAUGCUUUGAAUGUGGUAACCUUGGACGUGUUGAUUAUAUCACAGAGCAUGAAUAUGAUCUGUUUGUUAGACCCGAUACCUGUAAUCCCAGGUUUAGAGUUUGGUUUAACUUCACGGUAGAGAACACAAAAGCAGAUCAGCGUGUGAUAUUCAACAUAGUAAACUUCAGCAAGACCAAGAGUUUGUACAGAGAAGGAAUGGCACCAAUGGUCAAAUCUUCAAGUAGAACAAGAUGGCAGAGGAUACCGUCCAAGAAUGUCUACUAUUACCGAUGCCCAGACCACAGGAAGAACUAUGUCAUGUCCUUUGCUUUCUGCUUUGACAAGGAGAGCGAUCUCUAUCAGUUCUCCUACUGCUACCCGUACUCCUACACCAGAUUACAGACCUACCUCUCGGCCAUUGAGAAGAGGAGGUUGGACUUCGUCAAGAGAGAGCUACUCUGCCUCAGUGUGGUAAGAACACAUCCUUCUUUUCCUUCAUGCGGUGUAAAUGCAAUUUUAAAUAAGGUUUGGAAUCAUUUAACGUGUUUUGAAUGAUUUGGAACAUAAAAAAUACAAAACAAGAAUGUUUUGUAGAAUAAAUAAAAUGUUGAGAUGAGAAGGUUGUCUUGUCAAGAGAGAAGUACUUUGCCUUGAAUUCAUUUAACAAGACAUUUUAAAAUACCCAAAACAAAACCAAAAAUAAUACACUGUUUUGUGAAAUAAAAGAUGUUGAGAAAGGAAGGUUGGACUUUGUCAAGAGAGAGCAACUCUGCCUCAGUGUGGUAAGAACACAUCCUUCUUUUCCUUCAUAUGGUGCAAUUGCAAUUUUAAAUCAUGUUUUGAAUCAUUUAAAGUGUUUUAAAUGAUUUUAAAUAUUAAAAAAUACAAAACAAGAAUGUUUUGUUGAAUAAAAGAAAUGUUGAGGUUGGUCUUGUCAAGAGAGAAGUACUUAGCCUCAGUGUGGAAAGAACAUUUCUCUGUUCCUUCAUGUGAUAUCAAUGGUAUUUAAAACACAUUUUUAAUCAAUAUAAUAUGUUUUAACAAAAACAUUGUCUUGAAGAAUAAAGAAAUUUUGAGAAGAGAAAGUUUGACUUUGUCAAGAGAGAACUACUUUGGCUUUGUGUGGCCACAAAAGUCUUCCUUUUCUUUGCCUGGGGUAAAUAGUAUUUCAUCUAGUUUGUUUAUGACAUGGACCUUAUUACAAAUGGACAUUGAUCAAUACUACAAAUUGAUCAAUUCCCCGACAGUGUUGCUUCGAUCGGAACCAAAUUUUUGAAGUGAACGCGAUGACCCAAUGCUACAUGUUUGAGAAUAAAUCACAUAGAAAAUCUUUGGCUGUGGAAAAUGUUUGCCAGUAAUUUCUAUAAUCGAAAAACAUUGCACUUAAUUGAAAAUGACACUUGCAAACAAUUGGCACAGCUUCCGAACCUAAGCACACAUUUUCUAGCUUGGCAGCUUUACAUUGCGACUGUUAACUAUGCCAUUCCUUUUAUGUUUGUGUCCUUAACAAAUCGUGUAUGUGCCCCGUGAAAACUGCCCUUUAGAGAUGUCAAAUAUUAUUACCUGGACUGUGUUGAAAAAGAAAAGUACACACUGAGUACUGACCUAUUCUAGAGAUGAGGAUUCAAAUUCAAAUAAAUAUUGACAAGCGUGCUUUGAAAAUCUUAAUCCUGGUUUAUCAGGGCAAUCCAGGAAUCGCAUAAAGCAUCUUGUAGGAUUAACACGUCAUACAGAAGGUCUUUUCAGAUCAAAACUAGAGUCUAGAGAAUGGUGAAUAGAAUAAAAGCAUAUCUAAUUUAGGGUGAGGUGUAUAUGUAUACUUGUAGGAUAUAUUUCUUGUUAAAAAAAUGCAGUGUACCCGUUAAGUCCUUACCCCAGGCAUGUGGAAAGCAAGAAGACUACGGAGCCGUUAAUAGCACCCGGUCCUCGAGCCAUAAACAAAUGGAUGCUACACGCUCCAUUGAAACAAAAAGAUUUAAUUGAGAAUGAUGAAUUAGAUUGGAAGGGUAGCGAAGCAGGGAAUUACACACUAUUCCUGAUUUGCUUAGCUUCAUCUUCGAUGAAGGGUAACUGACAAAUGAGGCCGUAGGCUCUUUCGAUCUCUCGCCAGAUAUAUGGGCAAACUUUCUGCAUGAUGGAAGAGUGGCGGAUGAAAGCUUGAAUCUUCUUGUUUGAAAAUAAGAUGGAAGUUAGGAGCAACAGGACAUUGACAUCCUGCAGUGUUUGCGAAGUAGUUCAAGGGUUAAAUAAAUGUAACAUGGGACGUAUUGGAGAUUGGAGUAGAGUUUUUGUUUAGUGUCGCAUUGGUUUCACAAUGAAUUAAUUCAAGCAGGGUGUGGUGAGAUUGCUGUGCUGACCCUCCUCGGGGAAAGUGGUCUGAAUAUGGAGCCUAAAGUCCCCGCCAACAGUAAGGUGUAUUUGUGCUAGUCUUGUGUGAAGACCCACUUGUUGAGAAAAGUUUAAAUUAGGGUCAGUGUUUGUGCAGUUGCUGUUGAUUUUUGAGUUGGCUCUAAUGGCUGCUGAAACAAGUACCGAAACUAAUACUGAUCACAAACUAUAAAAUAUGUCAUAGUUUAGUUUCCUACAUGUAGGUCAAUCCCAACAACUUUGGGAGAUUUUGAAUACAGUGUUGUGGCUGGUGUAUAUCUACACCAACACCAGUCUUACUCUGUACUUGAAAUCACACAGCACUGAAUGAGCAGAUCUGUGACGGCAAACUACACCAAGAGUGUUAAAAGAUCUCUACCCGCAUGAAUCCUGGCUCUUUACAAAUGCUAGUGUACUAGGGCUGUUAUCGUUAAGAAAAUUCUCUGUCGAUAUAUCGCUAAAAAUAUCUUACCAAUGUUGAUAACUAUCGUCAAAAGAACAUAAUCAAUAUGCAUUUUGUAUGCAUAAUAGCGAUGUCACAUACUCGCGUUGGUCAAAAUUUGUAUCUGCGACAGUACCAAGAAUGCUUUAACUCCGCGUUCAUCGGAUGUAAACGAUUACAUAACAUCUUUUAGCAAACAUAUUUAGCAUAAAUAUAUCCUCGCCUUUCAUGUUAUUAGCAUUAUUUUAGGUUUGGAUGAAGUUUUAUCGAUAAUUUACAGGCUUUUUGGACAUUGUUCUGAGCAGUCAACGUCUUUCACCUAUCCGCCAUUUUGAUAUCAUGCUGUACAUCUUCGAACGUAGAGGGCAGCAACACACGGUUGUGUGCUGCCUUCUAGGUUGGUACUUCGCUAAAAUUGAGCUUGCGCUUGUGAAUGUUUUCGAUAUACGAUCGAAUAGAGUCGAGUGCAGUCACAAUGUUCAGAUUGUCAUGAUUAUAGUGAAGUGAGAUCGUGUUUUGUUGCUCGUAAAUAUUUGUAUUUUGUUGAGAUUUUGGCGAAAUUUCUGAUUCUUUUCUGUGCAUUUUCAGGAAAAAUACGUUUUCCGUGAUUUUCCAUUUGAAAUGCCACUUUCAAAGGCCGUUUCCGUGAAUUCCGUGAAAUUGCGGAAAUUCACUCUUAUGUCCCUACAUAAUAGCGGGUAUUAUCGACAACAAGAGAAAGGUUGUCGAUAUCGCUAAGUGGCAAAAGACAAGCGAUUAUCGACAAGACUAGCGAUAAAGAGGUUAUCUAUAACAGCCCUAUAUUGUACACUGUAUGAACCUUUCUUUAAUAUACCUAGAUGUAUGUACAGUACAUGGACAACAGAUGGUCAAAGAAAAACACAAAACAUUAAGGAAAGCCAAUGAAAGGCAAUCCCUAAUGAAACAUCUUAACUAUUUUAUGUUAUUGUUUCUGUGUAAAAUAUUGAAUGUUCUAAUUCCGGGAUCAAAUUUGCACUGUCAACAAACUAAUUGGUCUUCUUAGUACGAUGAGAAAGGUCCCAUUUCAUAGAUACUUUUUUCAACAACAGUACAAUGUCUAUAACAGGUUUACUAUCAGCCAAUCAUAUUGAAUGAAUUCAGUAGUUUAAAUUUGUUUUUGAAAAUUUAUUAUGAUGAGUUUGUGAAACAGGCCCCUGGACCAUGUUUUAUUCUUUUUUCGUCACUAAUUUUUCUCAAUUACAUUUAAGGAAUACUAUUAAUGAUUAGUUUUUCCUCAUUAUUAUUCAGUCUUGAAAAAAAAAUCAAGCUUUUGUGUCUAUUUGAUAAGGCGCUGAUCAUGAGUGGUAGCUUCAGUUCCGGCAUAUAUACACAUGGGAAGUAACUUCUUAUGAGAAUGGUUAAUAAAUUAAUUCAGUUUUUUACUAACACUUGUAUAGACUUGGAGAAAAAAAAUAUGAAAGGAAAAUGAAGUAGCCUUUUUAUCAAAAUAGGUAUGGCAUGUACAAUGUAUGAUGUAAAGUAAUGACAAUUAAGCAAUAUCCUGUUGGAGGAU